CGGGGCGGGGCGGCGGAGCGGGCGCUGCCAUGGACGCGCUGAGCCGGGCCCAGCCCCGGCCCCGCCGCCCCGCCGCCGCCUCGCCGCUGCCCUGGGCCCGCUUCUCCGCCUGGCUCGAGUGUGUGUGCGUGGUCACCUUCGACCUGGAGCUGGGACAGGCCAUGGAGUUGGUGUAUCCUUACGACUUCCGACUAACAGAGAAAGAGAAGACCAGUAUCUGCUACUUGUCCUUCCCAGACUCCUACUCAGGUGGCCUGGGGGACACUCAGUUUAGCUUCCGUCUUCGCCAGUCUGGGGGACAGAGGACCGCUCAUUAUGAGGAUGAUGGCGAGUACAACAGAGAAGCACCCCUCACCCUGCAGCGGGAGUCGGCUCAUUACUUUGGUUACGUAUACUUCAGGCAAGUCAAGGACAGCUCGAUGAAGAGAGGUUAUUUUCAGAAGUCUCUGGUGCUGGUGUCACGCCUUCCGUAUGUGAACUUGUUCCAGUCAUUGCUGCAGUUGAUUGCUCCAGAAUACUUUGACAAGCUGGAGCCAUGCCUGGAGGCAGUGUGCAAUGAGAUUGAUCAGUGGCCACCUCCUGUGCCAGGACAGACUCUGAACCUUCCAGUGAUGGGAGUUGUCAUUCAGGUGAGGAUCCCAUCCAGGGUGGAUAAGCCAGGAUCAAGUCCAGUGAAGCAGUUCAAUCAAGAGAAUCUCUUGCCAGCCCCAAUGGUUCUGCCAAGUAUUCAUGAACUGGAUCUCUUCAGGUGUUUUCAGCCAGUGUUAAUUCAUAUCCAGAUGUUAUGGGAACUGAUGUUACUGGGAGAGCCAAUUGUUGUAAUGGCACCAUCCCCUACAGUUUCUUCAGAAAUGGUUAUGGCUCUUACCAGCUGUCUUGCCCCUCUGAGGUACUGUUGUGACUACCGUCCCUAUUUUACUAUCCACGACAGUGAAUUUAAAGAGUAUACCACCAGGACUCAAGCUCCGCCAAACAUCGUUGUGGGAGUCACAAACCCUUUCUUUAUCAAAACACUCCAGCACUGGCCACACAUCCUUCGGGUCGGGGAGCUCAGAAUGUCAGGAGACUUGCCCAAGCAAGUUAAGGUGAAGAAGCUAACUAAACUAAAAACUCUAGACACAAAACCAGGAAUCUACACUUCUUAUAAAACAUUUCUUCACAAAGAUAAAACUCUGAUAAAAAGAUUACUAAAGGGGAUUCAGCGAAAACGCCCAUCUGAAGUCCAAAGUGCCCUUCUGAGGCGUCACCUCCUGGAGCUCACCCAGAGCUUCAUUAUUCCCCUGGAGCACUAUAUUGCAAGUCUGAUGCCUCUGCAGAGAGCCAUUACUCCAUGGAAAAAUCCUCCACAAAUUCGCCCUUUCCGACAAGAUGAUUUCAUGAAGACCCUUGAGCAUGCUGGUCCCCAACUUACCUGUGUACUUAAGGGUGACUGGUUAGGCCUCUACAGGCGUUUCUUCAAGUCUCCCAACUUUGAUGGCUGGUACCGUCAGAGGCAUAAGGAAAUGACCCAGAAACUGGAAGCCCUUCAUUUGGAGGCAAUCUGUGAAGCGAACAUUGUGGCCUGGAUGAAGGACAAGUCCGAGGUGGAGAUUGUAGACCUGGUGCUAAAACUUCGGGAGAAGCUGGUAAGAGCCAGGUGCCAGCACCUUCCUGUGAAGGAGGAGACUCUGCAGCGGGUGGGCCUUUAUAUUGAGACCGUCAUUGACUCCUUGCCAGAGGAUCUCCAGACAGUGCUGCACCACCACUGAGCACGGCGAAGGGACUGUUGGAGAAGGAAGGGCCCUCCCACUCUGCGGGCAGCUGCAGUUGCACUUGGAAAGGAAAAUUCUUCCCUGAUCCAGCCAACGUCACCAGAUCUGGACCUUGCUCACAAAUGUGUAUGAUUUCGAGCAUGUGGAUCAGAACUGUAGCAGCAGUGGGGAACCGUGUGCGCUAUUCUGUCUAAUCCUGCUUCACGGAGCUGGAUUUAGGGGCCUGUAGAUGAAAAACUGUUCCUUGUGUGGCUGGUAGUAGGUCAGAAAGUGACAGUCGGGCUUUCAGCAGCAUGUGAUAAGCUGUGCAAAACCUGUUUUGCCCAUAUAUACACAUCCAUCCUUGCCUAGUGCUUGGGCUCUCAAAAUUUCAGUGCCGUCAUCCAGCCUGGAAGAAGCAGGACCAGCCCUGUAUGGGGGAGUUGUUUUCAGGACAGCUCCUGCUGAUAAUGAGAGAGAUGCUAGUCCCCCACAUGUAAGUGACGUGGAAAAAAAUGUUGCUGCCCAUUCAGCAGCCUGACUCACGCCAGCAAGAGCUUCGGCUGUGAUAGGAGUGGGAGGCUGAACUGCUGGACGUGGAACGCUGUUGUUUUUUCUCCAAGGCAGAGAUGGUCUGGUGCAUCUGCAAGGAACAGAGCUCCCUAGAGGUGGUGGAUGUGUGCUGUGUGAAUGGAAUAGCUAUUGCAGCUCCACAGAGAGGAGCUGGCCUCCAAAUGUAAUUUACUCUGCUUGGAAGUAUCACGUUUGUGUGCUGUGGUAACGUACGAGAGUGCUGGAGCUCUGCCCUGAACACUGAGAUUUAUCUGAUGUGGUCAGCCCACUUGCUGAUAAAACGUGGUGGAGAAUCUGAUCUUUACAGCCUGUGGCACCCUUGCCUAGUGGAAACUCGUGGAGUGGCGCUCGUGUGAGUGUGCAGGGCUGGCUGUGAGAAGUGCUUGCUUGCCCUGUGCUUAGGGCGGUGAGGAGCAUCCUCUUUGGCUGUGUCUGUUCUUGCUGCAGCCCAGCUUCCAACUCGGUCAUUCUGUUCCCUUUCACCUCCUGGGAAAGAGAGACACAUGUACGUGCUUCUGGGCCGAAUAUAGGAAAGACUUGAGGCUCCUCUGUGAGUUCUGGAGGUAGUUGCCCUCUGCCUGAGAGAGCAGCCUUUCUGCCAGCUACCUUGGAAAUGGAUUUACCGUAACCCCAGGGUGGUCCCAUAAUUGCUGCUACUGCAAUUGCAUUUCACCAUCUGCCAGUUUGGCCAGCGCCCGAAUGUUUGCCUAAGGAAUGGGUUUGGGGAUGGGUCUGGCAGCCUGUUGCACUCGUGUUCUGUAGGAGGCUCUGGAGCACACCUUUCCACACGGUAGGAGAGUUCAGCACUUCAGCCAAGACCUGCCCGAAGCUGCCACAGGACCCUGUAGGCAGUGCCAAGUGCUUAGGGGGAGGAAGCUGGGUUUUUGUUCCACGAGCAAUCUCUGCCCAUUGCUGCACUGCCUUGUAGCCCAAAUUCGGGGUGGGGGAGCUGUUAGUAGGUCAUGGAAGUGACUGAAUCCUUCCUGCAUUUUCCCCACUCCAGAGCAAGGCCUGGACAGCGCAGGAUCAGUGGGAGGCUGCUCGUUUUCCUGCUGCCUCCAGCCUGGAGCAGCCAAGCGAGGAGACUCGGCCGUGCCGCCCCAUAGUAACAAGGUCUGUACAGUUCUCCUUCGUGGCAGCCCUGCCUGUACAGUGUACAUUCUGUAUAUAGGUUGUGCGUGUGUCUGUGCGAUAGCUCUGCAGUGUCUGUGGUGGACCGAAGCACUAAUGUAUAGUAGAAAAUAAUGAAUAAUAGUAAAAAACAGAAACAAACCCUAAGCC